AUGGAGUUCGAGCGUUACUUCCCAACUGACAAAGACCCACGAAGUGCGAAGGAAUGGAUCCGCGACCCAUUUGUGAAUGUCCCAGGUGAAUCGUCCAUGUCCGUGCAGGAAGAAGAUCAACUCCUUGAGGUACAGUCUCACCUGAGAGUGUGUAUGAAGUGUGUGUCUGUCCCUCUAGGUACGGUGUCACCUGAGAGGGUGUGUAGUUAUCAGGAUGUUCUGGACCACCUGAACCUGACCAGAGGAAACGAUGUGUUCACCUCCACGCGGCCCGUGCUUGACCACACACACCCAACCAUGGUGCACUUGGAUGUCUACCUAUACGCUAUCCUCGCCGUGAUUGAGAAGUCCCAGACCUUUGUUCCCUUCAUCUGGAUACAACUGACCUGGAAUAAUGAGCGGAUCUGGUGGGAUCCUAGUCAGUUCUGUGGAAUAUCCAGGGUCUCCAUUCCCAAAGAGAUGUUGUGGAUACCAGACCUCUCAAUCUACGAGAUGACAGAGAAGGAUGAUGGCCCUCACAGCCCAUACCUGUAUGUGUCCCAUGAUGGGAUCGUCUUAAUAGAGGAAGACAUGAAGGUGGUCAGCACCUGUAAGAUGGACGUCCACAAGUUUCCAUUUGACACACAGAGGUGUAACAUCACAUUCAGCUCCGCCAUACACAUCGUGACAGAUAUACAGCUCAUUCCUUUCUCUAACUCGUCCCGGGUCACCCAGGCUUCUCGUGAAGUCAUGCAGACGCAGGGAGAGUGGGAGUUCCUGGACAUGACUGUCUCCAGGGGCAAACUAAUCUUAGAUCGCGAGUGGGACCAGAUCUCAUACACUAUCACCAUGGCGAGGAGGCCCCUCCUCCACGUCAUCAAUUUCCUGCUUCCCAUCCUGUUCUUCCUGUGUCUGGACCUGGCCUCCUUCCUGAUCUCAGACCAGCGGGGGGAGAAACUGGGCUUUAAGGUCACUGUGCUGCUGGCCAUCUCUGUUUUGCUGCUCAUCCUCAAUGACAUACUGCCCUCCAUGUCAAACAGGACCCCUCUCAUAGCGACCUACUGUAUAGUGAUCUUUGCCUUCAUGUUGCUAAGCCUGUUGGAGACCAUCUUAGUGACUCACCUGAUGGAGAGAGACUCUGUACACCAAGAGACAGGUAUAGACCACGCCCCCGCAUAUGACUGUGACCCAGGAUUGGUUUCAGGGGAGGAGAGGAGGCGUGGUUGCUGUGCCUGUAUCUGUGAUGUGUCUGGAAGAAAAGCUCCACGUGAACCAUUGCCUGUUGCAGAAGAGGUCAUCUGUAGCGAGCAAGGAGAGUCUCACCUGCUGCUGUUGAUUCUGGGGGACCUACGGGCGGUUGAGCGGACAUUAGCGCUGUUCGCCAGUGGCAGAAGGGAGGGGAAACCUGGCUAUUGGACCAGAGUGGCACGGCGCCUCAACGCCGCCUUCUUCACCAUCUACCUCAUCUCUGUCAUGCUCUUCAUAAGCCUUAUGUGUAAGGAGUGGUUAAAUUAGACAUAGAAUUAAAUUGCCAAUUGCAUAUCCAAAUCUAGACAUCAGAGCAUGUUUGUGAACUUUGUUUACGUCCCAUUUUCUCUGUUCUAUUUCAUUACGUGCAGUGCCAGUGUCGAUGGGUGUUUUGAAAGGCAUGUGCAUUUUUUUAACUCAUGUGCAUAAAAUAUAUACAUUUAUUAAUAUUUUGCAUAUUCAAACACUAUGGAGAGUACUUAUGUUAUCCAACCGUGUGCUUUUCAUUUCAUACACUGCUCAAAAAAAUAAAGGGAACACUUAAACAACACAAUGUAACUCCAAGUCAAUCACACUUCUGUGAAAUCAAACUGUCCAUUAGGAAGCAACACUGAUUGACAAUACAUUUCACAUGCUGUUGUGCAAAUGGAAUAGACAAAAGGUGGAAAUUUUAGGCAAUUAGCAAGACACCCCCAAUAAAGGAGUGGUUCUGCAGGUGGUGACCACAGACCACUUCUCAGUUCCUAUGCUUCCUGGCUGAUGUUUUGGUCACUUUUGAAUGCUGGCGGUGCUCUCACUCUAGUGGUAGCAUGAGACGGAGUCUACAACCCACACAAGUGGCUCAGGUAGUGCAGCUCAUCCAGGAUGGCACAUCAAUGCGAGCUGUGGCAAGAAGGUUUGCUGUGUCUGCCAGCGUAGUGUCCAGAGCAUGGAGGCGCUACCAGGAGACAGGCCAGUACAUCAAGAGACGUGGAGGAGGCCGUAGGAGGGCAACAACCCAGCAGCAGGACCGCUACCUCCGCCUUUGUGCAAGGAGGAGCAGGAGGAGCACUGCCAGAGCCCUGCAAAAUGACCUCCAGCAGGCCACAAAUGUGCAUGUGUCUGCUCAAACGGUCAGAAACAGACUCCACGAGGGCCCGACGUCCACAGGUGGGGGUUGUGCUUACAGCCCAACACCGUGCAGGACGUUUGGCAUUUGCCAGAGAACACCAAGAUUGGCAAAUUCGCCACUGGCGCCCUGUGCUCUUCACAGAUGAAAGCAGGUGCACACUGAGCACAUGUGACAGACGUGCCAGAGUCUGGAGACGCCGUGGAGAACGUUCUGCUGCCUGCAACAUCCUCCAGCAUGACCAGUUUGGCGGUGGGUCAGUCAUGGUGUAGGGUGGCAUUUCUUUGGGGGGCCGCACAGCCCUCCAUGUGCUCGCCAGAGGUAGCCUGACUGCCAUUAGGUACCGAGAUGAGAUCCUCAGACCCCUUAAGAGACCAUAUGCUGGUGCGGUUGGCCCUGGGUUCCUCCUAAUGCAAGACAAUGCUAGACCUCAUGUGGCUGGAGUGUGUCAGCAGUUCCUGCAAGAGGAAGGCAUUGAUGCUAUGGACUGGCCCACCCGUUCCCCAGACCUGAAUCCAAUUGAGCACAUCUGGGACAUCAUGUCUCGCUCCAUCCACCAACGCCAUGUUGCACCACAGACUGUCCAGGAGUUGGCGGAUGCUUUAGUCCAGGUCUGGGAGGAGAUCCCUCAGGAGACCAUCCGCCACCUCAUCAGGAGCAUGCCCAGGUGUUGUAGGGAGGUCAUACAGGCACGUGGAGGCCACACACACUACUAAGCCUCAUUUUGACUUGUUUUAAGGACAUUACAUCAAAGUUGGAUCAGCCUGUAGUGUGGUUUUCCACUUUAAUUUUGAGUGUGACUCCAAAUCCAGACCUCCAUGGGUUGAUAAAUUUGAUUUCCAUUUAUCAUUUUUGUGUGAUUUUGUUGUCAGCACAUUCAACUAUGUAAAGAAAAAAGUAUUUAAAUAAGAAUAUUUCAUUCAUUCAGAUCUAGGAUGUGUUAUUUUAGUGUUCCCUUUAUUUUUUUUGA